AUGACGGCAUCGACGACGUCCCCACGGCCCCUCGACGAGGUGCCAGAAGAUGUUCAUGGGGCUUCGGAGCACGAAACCCUCAAAUACUCCCUAUUGGGCCCAUCUCUUACAAAAUCUGGGCAGGAUACUGUCGACCAAUCCAAGGUAUCCGAGAUCAUUUACAAUGCCUCGAAGGGAUCCAAGUUCUUCAACCGUGAGGAAGAGCGCGACAAGACGUUAACGAAGAAGAUCGAACAAAUCCUCGAAAAGAAACGCUACAUCGAGAAGCAGGACCUCAGUCGAGAGCUUCGCCUUGCCGACCAGCUCAUCACACAACUGGAGAUGUCCCGAGAUCUGACUCAAUACAUCGUGCACGUCGACUGCGAUGCGUUCUACGCUGCCGUGGAACUGCUAGACCGGCCCGAGCUCAAAGACAUCCCCUUUGCAGUUGGAAGCGGCGUUCUGACGACGUGUAAUUACGUUGCGCGAAAAUAUGGCUGCCGGAGUGGUAUGGCUGGGUUUGUCGCCAAGAAGCUGUGUCCUGAACUAGUUCUUCUCAAGCUCAAUUUUGAGAAGUAUACAGCCAAGGCACACGAAGUCCGGGAGAUUCUAGUCGAAUACGACCCUCGAUUCGAGAGUGCGAGUAUUGAUGAAGCAUACUUGAACAUCACAGAAUACUGCACGAAUAAGGGGAUCGGGCCGGCCGAGGCCGUGGAACAGAUGCGACGAGAGGUCCACGAGAGAACCAAAAUCACAGUAUCGGCGGGUAUCGCGGCAAAUGCGAAGCUUGCAAAGAUCUGUUCGAACAUGAACAAGCCAAACGGUCAGUUUGUUCUGCCAAAUGAUCGGGGCGAGAUCUUGCGUUUUAUGGCAAAACUUCCGCCUCGAAAGGUCAACGGCAUUGGCCGUGUGCUCGAACGACAAUUGGCCGAGAUUGGCAUCAAGACUUGCGCGGAUAUUUACCCUUAUCGCCAGUUCCUCCGACCGCUCUUUGGCGAUAAGGCCUACGAAUUCCUGAUCAAUAUCCAUCUCGGCCUGGGACGCACCAAGAUCCAGCCAGCUGAGGAGUACGAGAGGAAGAGCGUCGGCACCGAGAGCACGUUCAAGGACAUGUCCGAUCCCCAGCAAUUCAGAGAAAAGCUGAAGUGGACUGCAGAGGAGUUGGAGAAGGACAUGAAGAGGGCAGAAGUCAAGGGUCGCACGUUGGUUCUAAAGGUGAAGCUUCACACGUACGAGGUCUUUACGCGACAAAUUGUGUUGCCGAGAGCAAUAUGUCUGGCCGACGAGCUUUAUCACUUCUCCGUCCCCAUCUUGUCGAAGCUGGAGGAGGAGAUGCCCGGCAUGAUGCUGCGCCUCAUGGGUCUACGAUGCACACAUCUUGUGAGCACGAAGAAGCCAGACACGAUGGCAUUUUUUGGUUUCCGAUCACGAAGGCCUGACUCAGCCGCAUCACCCGAGAAGGCCCUCAAGCCUGUGCACUCUGGAGCUAGUGGUGAACUAGACGACGAUGGUUGGGAGCAGUGGCCUGAAGAGGAGCUUUUGGGUCUUGACAACCGUGAAGAAACCGAAGCAGUGGACCACGAGACCGAAGGCACGAACAUUGACAACAGACCAAGCCCGGCUAGAAGACAUGGCAAGGAAAUUCUGCCCAAUCCUGUGCCGGACUAUGCACCUGUCAACGAUGAGAUGUGGGAUUGUCCAAUCUGCAAUCGCCCACAAGCGCCUGAUGAACGGCAGUUCAACGAGCACAUCGAUCUAUGCCUCUCGAGACAGACCAUUCGCGAAGCCGUGCACGAGGACAUCCCCCCUGCGCCGCCCUCGAGGUCAACCACGCCGGACGCAAAGAAGACCAAGGUCGGUGGAGAAAAGAAACGCGGCAGGCCACCAGCAAGACCGCCGAGUGACGACCCACGGCAGAAGAAGCUUUGUUUUGGAUGA